AUGGCUUGCCGUCAGCGUUGCCACCACCAGAGAGAAGAUGAACGUGCUGGCCCUCACUUCUUCAAGAUCAUACUCUCUGACACACUUGAUUCUGGAAAACUUGGAAUUCCAAGCAGGUUCUUAAGGAAAUAUGGAAAUGAUCUCUCAAGUUUGGUGUUUCUCAAGGUCCCACAUGGUUCAACCUGGCCCAUAGAACUAAAGAAGUGCGACAAUGGCAUGGUUUGGCUGGGGAAGGGGUGGCGGGAAUUUAUGGAGCAUUACUCGAUUGGUCAUGGUCACCUCGUAGUUUUCAAAUACGAAGGGGACUCCAUGUUUCAUGUGAUUAUAUUUGAUAAAAGUGCUUCUGAGAUAGAUUAUUCCUCGAGCAGUGGCGAGGCAUCGAACCAUGAGGCUGAACUUCUCUCACGAAAAAGAAUAGAUGUCAUAGAAGUUGAAGAUUCGGAAAAUUUCAUGCCAUGUAAAAGACUGAGGGCCAAAUCAUAUUUAUCUCAGCGAAGUUUGAGCUGCUCAUCACGAGAAUUUGGAGGCAUGAUUAAACAAUCAAGAUGCGGAGAGAGCCACUCUGAGCUGGUUUUUUCUGGCCCUACACUUCCGAAGCCUCUCACUAGGCUCGAAUUAGCCAACAAGUUUGAAUUGGAGCAUCCCUUUUUCAAAGUGGUGAUGCGGCCAUCUUAUAUCAAAAGAAGCCUGAAAAUUCCUCUCGGAUUCGUCAAGAAACACAUUCACGAAAACAAAAAAACUGCGACUCUUAGGUAUUCAAACAGAUCGUGGCCGGUGAAGAUAAUUUUGAGCUAUUCACAAAAGCAUAUGGCGUCCUUCAGUGCCGGUUGGCUUGCAUUUGUGAGAGAAACACGUCUGCGCUCAGGAGAUGUCUGCGUGUAUGAGCUCAUUGAUGAAAAUGAUAUCGUGUUCGAUGUCUCUAUCUUUGGUAGUGCUGGUAAGUGCCUCAUACUCCUGUUGAUUAAGAUGAACACUGGAUGUGUCGCUUUAGGCCCGAUUGCAAGGCCGAUAUGA